AUGUGGGAGAUCGUCGAGCUUCCUCUCAAAGCUCGGUGGCACGAUGGACGUGGCUCCAAGUCCAAGACGUCGCCGAGAGACGGGCUGUUCAUGACGUUGGUCGUGCUCGAGCAAUACAACUCCUCGGAGAAGCACGCAAUGGACUUUGGCUUCCGCGCACCGACGUUCCACAAGCUGUUCUGCGUGUAA